GUGAUGACGUCAGUGCGCGCGCGCCCUCCGAAGGAGGAGUAGGGGCCGCGAGCCGGCAGGCACCCAGGCUUCGCAGGCCCGGCACGUCCAAGCGAUGGAGUUUCCGGACCUCGGGGCUCACUGUUCCGAGCCGAGCUGUCAGCGCUUGGAUUUUUUGCCACUCAAAUGCGAUGCCUGCUCCGGCAUCUUCUGCGCAGACCAUGUGGCCUACGCCCAGCAUCACUGUGGAUCAGCUUACCAAAAGGAUAUCCAGGUACCUGUGUGCCCGCUCUGUAAUGUGCCUGUGCCGGUAGCCAGAGGGGAGCCUCCUGACCGGGCCGUAGGAGAGCAUAUUGACAGAGACUGUCGCUCUGAUCCGGCACAGCAAAAACGCAAGAUCUUCACCAAUAAGUGUGAACGAUCUGGCUGCCGGCAGCGAGAGAUGAUGAAACUGACUUGUGACCGCUGUGGCCGCAAUUUCUGCAUCAAGCACCGUCACCCACUGGACCAUGAUUGCUCUGGUGAAGGUCAUCCGACCAGCCGGGCAGGGCUUGCUGCUAUCUCCAGAGCACAAGGUCUGGCUUCUACAAGCACUGUCCCCAGUCCAAGUCGGACCUUGCCUUCGUCAUCCUCCCCCAGCAGGUAGGUCUAUGCAUUUCUCCUCUCCCCAUUUUAACCCCUUCACAUCUCUGACCGCAGCCUGUUUAAUGUCUUCCGUAGGGCCACACCCCAGCUUCCACCCAGGACAACUUCUCCAGUUAUUGCUUUGCAGAAUGGCUUGAGUGAGGACGAGGCCCUGCAGCGUGCCCUGGAACUAUCCCUUGCGGAGGCUAAACCCCAGAUCCCAAGUUCUCAAGAGGAAGAAGACCUGGCGUUAGCACAGGCACUGUCAGCCAGUGAGGCAGAGUACCAACAACAGCAGGCGCAGAGCCGUAGCUUGAAGCCGUCCAACUGCAGCCUGUGCUAGGGUCUGGGCUUGGGGAGGAAGGCUCACCCAAGGACUGUGGCCCUCACAUCUCCAGGGUACACAGGCAAAGGAAGCACAGAGAAGCCUGGAUCACAGAGACAAGCAGGAGUAAUGUGGAGGAUGUUCCAUGGAGCCUGGAGAGGAAGGAAGCUUGUGCAGAAGAGGGUGGCUGAGAAGCGCUCUCUGGUUGGGGCCUUGGUAGGUGCUAACCAGACUCAAUCCCCACAGCCUCUUACAUCGUAUUACCCCACUUUUCCCUGGGGCUGCCACAUGUAGCAGACAGGGAGAGGGCUGGGAAGAGUAAAGACUGGUGAUUAGUAAGA